AACACAAAGACCUUGCGUGAUUACACCCAGUCUACCAAUACAACCUCGUUGAGUAGUUCGUGUUCCAGCUGUUGACUUGAAAUACCCACCUCAAUCUACGUCACAUUUACACUAUCCACGUUGACUGAUCUGGACUAUUCAUUGUUGUAGAUGGUAAUAGGGAGUCAAUACUACUGAAGAUGGCCACUGAUUUGGAAAAGGAAUACGCAUCUUGCUUGGAAGAUGGAGAAAAGACGACACCUGCAAAUACUUCAGGAAAUGAUUCUGAAAUUGAGGAAAUUCAGUCCACGAAAAGCACAUCUUAUGUAGAUGCAAUUAUGCAAAACACUGACCAUCAAAUGGAGGAAUCGAAGACACUUGAAACACUUGAGACCAUAAACCAACAAAAUAAUGACGACAAUACAGAGAUUUGUCAAAAAUCAAAUGCUGAAGCGAAAGAAGACCAAGAGCACUUUAAUCUAAAGGAUUCAAAAUCUGCCAAAUGCAUUCCCUGUCAGUAUGAAAAUGUAAACAAGAACGCCACUUCUUUUUGUCAAAGCUGCACGGAACCUGAGCCAAUGUGCGUAGAAUGUGCUUCACAGCAUAUUCGAGAAAGGCUAACACGAGACCACGAAAUCUGUUACGAUAUUCACAAAAUGUUGUCAACAGAUCAAUCAAAGGACAAAUUUGUGUGUGAAAAUUGCUCCUAUGCUGACAUUGUGUCCACAGCUGUUGGGUUUUGCAUGACAUGCGAUGAACAAGACCCAUUGUGCGAGAAAUGUGCAAACUUCCAUUUGAAACAAAAGAGUUUUCGCAAUCACAAAAUUAGUUACGAUUUGGACAGUUUAAAAACAAAGAUAUUAUGUGAACCAUGUUCCAUCGAUAAUGAACAAAUACCUGCAACACAUUUUUGCGUUGAUUGUGAAGAUCCGGAACCCAUGUGCCAGAGCUGUGCAGACAUGCAUUUGAAACAACGUUCUGGUAGAGGACACAAGUUGUGUGAAGACUUUGGGAAAUUUCCCAAGUCUAAUGUGAAGCUUGAUAAGAAAGACGAAGAUCAGCACGAUACUUUGUGUUAUCCCUGUUCUUAUGAUAAUCUAAGAAACAUGGCAACGCAUUUCUGCAAAACUUGUAAAGAUCCCGAACCAUUAUGCCAGAUAUGUGCAAAGCAGCAUCUCCGACAACGAUCAGGGAGAGGGCAUUCUUUAUGCGAAGAUUUAGGAAAAUUUAGUUUGGCAAACCAGCAAAAUGAUUCAUUGCUUAUUGAUGAAGAGAAAGAAAGCAAUAAAAAAUCAGAUAAUAAGAGUCCUGGAAAGCCAAAUGCAUCAAAUAUAAAGUCUGACUCCAUUGAACUAUUUUGGGAAAAAACACCAGAAAAAGUUGAUCAUUAUCAAAUUCGAUACAAGAAUAAGAAUGGGAAGGAAAAAUGGAAAUUUGUUGAGACUGAUUCCAAUGAAAAUCACGUGACAAUAUCAGGACUAAUGGCCAAUACGUCUUACAUAUUUCAAGUCAGAGGAAUUUUUGAUGAUCAGGAAGGAUGCUAUGGGCCGGUCAAUGACACUCUGGAGACUUUGGAAUCAUUGGCAACUACAAUUUUAGGAUUUUGUGAACUUAAGGAGAAGGGGAGUCCUUCCAAAUAUCAACUACCUGUUGAAGAAAAUUUAAGAGCAAGAAACAAAUCAGCGAGAACCAGGCAAUUAAUACUUGGUCGCCAGGUGCCUGACAAUGCAGACGAAAAAACAAUCAUGCUAGUCGGUGCAACAGGCUCAGGAAAAAGUACGUUAGUAGAUGGCAUUGUCAACUACGUCAUGGGAGUGAGUUUUGAGGAUCCCUUUCGUUUUACUCUGGUUACCUUAGAGGAGGAAGAGAGGAAGACCCAUAAUCAGGCUGUCUCUCAGACGGAAUGGAUAACUGUGUACAAAAUUGCUCCACAAAAAGGAAGCCGACUGAAAUAUACACUCAACAUAAUCGACACGCCAGGAUUUGGGGAUACAAGAGGCAUAGAACGCGACCACGCUGUCAUUGACCAAAUCCGCCACUUGUUUUCGGCGCAAGGUGAACAAGGUGUUCUGUAUAUAGAUGCUGUCUGCUUCAUUGUGAAAGCGCCAGAUGCUCGUCUCACACCUGUCCAGAAGUACAUAUUCCAUUCCAUUAUGUCUCUGUUUGGGAAAGACAUAGAAUCAAACAUUUGUACCUUGAUCACUUUUGCUGAUGGAGCAAAGCCUCCAGUUCUUGCAUCACUGAAAGAGUCCAAGCUCCCAUUUGGUAAAUCGUUUCAGUUCAACAAUUCUGCAUUGUUUUCCGAAAGCAAAACAUUAGCGAACACCACUCUUUCGCCGAUGUUUUGGGAGAUGGGUUGCUGUAGUUUUGAAAGUUUUUUUGCAAAACUGAAUGAUUUUCAAACAAGAAGUCUCUGCCAAACCAAAAAUGUUUUGGAGGAGAGGGAGCAGCUGAAAACUGUCAUUUCAAAUAUUCGACCACAAGUUACAGCUGGACUUUCAAAACUGUCUGAAUUACAAGAACAGGUCGACAUUUUUACAAGAUAUAAGAACGAAAUAAAGGAUAAUGAGAAUUUUACAUACCAGGUAGAUGAAACAAAACAAAAUAAAAUUGAUUUGCCUGCUGGUCAGCACGUCACAAAUUGUCUGCAGUGCAAUGUUACAUGUCAUGAAAACUGUAAAAUUGCCGAUGACGACGAAAAAAACAGAUGUUGGGCGAUGAAUCAGGAGGGAUACUGUAAAAUUUGCUCGGGAAAUUGCAUAUGGUCAGAACAUAAGAACACCCCAUAUAUUUUCACGUUUGUAACAGAAACUGUUACCAAGACAUAUUCCGAAAUGAAGGCUAGGUACGAACAGGCCAUAGGAGAAAAGCUCACACAUGAAAAUUAUAUUGAAGAAUUGACAUGUGAUUUGGAUGAAAUGUUUGAAGAUAUUACCAGGAUGAUGAAUGAGAUGAACCGUUGCAAAACAAGACUUAAAGAAAUAGCACUCAGGCCGGACCCCUUGUCUGCAGUAGAGCAUAUUGAAUUGAUGAUACAAUCCGAAGAAAGUGAAAAGCGAAGUGGCUAUCAAAAGAGAAUAGGAAUGCUAAUGGAAAUGAAGAGAAUGGCGCUUGUAGACAAAGAUGUAGAAAGUUUUGGUCAGAAUAUCAAAGCCACGCAUGAAAAUAUUCAAUCGGUCACAGGAAAAUCCUUUCAAAGAAAUGUACCAGGGAGAAGGGUGCGUGUUGUCCAGAAGAGAAAUGCCUUCACACGAGGUUAUCAGUACCUCAAAAAGUUUUUUUAGCUGUUGCCCGACGAAAGGAAUCCUUUGAUAUCUUGAUAUUAAUAUAAAAUAUAUUCAAGAACAUAUUUUCCAACUGAUUGAGUCAAUGUUUGAGAAUACGUAUUUUGUAAUAAACAAAAACCUAUCUUAAUGCAAGGUAAAACAAAUGUAGAGAAAUCACACACAUUCAAUCAGCCUCAUUGUUCGCAGAUAGCAGAGUUCAAAAACAUACUUUAAAUAUAUAUUACUCCUUGUAAUCACGUCUCCAUAUGAGUUAAAUAUUCUCGAGAGGGACGUUAAACAAUAUUCAAUCAAUCAAUCAACCUUGUAACCUGUUUAGGUUUUAUGAAAUUGAUCACUGUUCAUUAUUUUCACUUUGCAUGCCCAAAACACUUUACAAUAAGGUGUUAAGCAUAUAUUUUUAAAACAAAGUAUAUGUGUAGGUUUUAUAAGAGUUAUCCACGUGACUUUGACAUGAGUAUUGUGCUGUGUACCACUCAGUCACUGAAUCAAACAGAUGACUUACUGCUAUACGUACCCGUCCGUCAGUCAUUGUCCGUUAAAAACAUUUAAACAAUUUCAAAUUCUGAUUACAUAUUAGUGAGUCCAAAUCUACCAAUUUAACGAUUUUGGUGGAAGAUUUUUAUGGGGUAAAGUAGUUCAAAGUAAGCCCUACCAAAAUUAUGAAUACCAUGACCAUUGUAUUAGAGACUUCGGUGUUGACGACUUCUACAAUGAAAACCCUUGAAUGUUUAAUAAUAAUCUUUAUUUAUGCAGAUUUAGUUUACAUACUGGGGCAAAAUUAUAGUUCGCUUAGAAGUCUAUCAGAAUUGUAAAGUCCAUGGCCCAGGAUGAGGGGUUAUGGCCCCGGCACAGGUCAUAUAUGCAUGGAUCGUACAGAUAAUAUGCAUGAAAUGUUAAGAAACCUCCUUUAUUCCUAAAUAUCUAGCAAAUGAACUGGAUUCAAAGUUACAAUGAACUUGGAGGUGUCUACCUGCAUUGUGCAGUUCGAUGCUCCAGGAUCAUAAUUCAAAGGUGAGCUUAUGUUUAUACUUCGGCGAAAAUUCUUCACUACAGUGUCUUUAAAAUCCUUCUGAACAUCCAGUAAACAAAUUAGGACUGUAGUGAAUGCAGCUGCAAACAAAUUUGAUGUUGUUGAUUGUAUAUAGAGAUCACGAUAUUGCUGAUGUCUGUAUACUGUCCUUCCAUUUUACUUUUUUCGUAGUUCUAUCUUUCAAAUGGAGAGAUAGUAGGCGUUAUUACAUGCAAUAUUUGUAAUAGCUACGAAUAGGUAAUGUAGAGACAUUAGACGUAUAUACUGUAACCAGACGUUUUGUCUUGACCAGAAGGAAUUCGAAGGUAAAUUCUAAAGAUAAAAUGUUUGAAAUAUUGUUCAAGGUAAUCACUUUGUAAUAAACAGACACAGGUUGCUUACAACUUUACAAUGUUCUAUUGCAAUGGUACAUGUCAAUCAUUUCAAGAUGAAGAUUAAAUACAGAAAAAAAAUUGUCUAAGCCAUGCUUUUAUACUGGAGAAACAUUAGAAGACAUGGAAAUAUUUCAGAUCACACACAGAAACUGAAAAAUAUGUAAAUGACGAAAUGAAAAAUGACAAAGCCAGCUUUUAAAGUUAAGACAAUGCCUUAAUUGCAUAACCAAAUGGAUCUUUUGUUCAUUAUUGUUUCUAUAUUGUGAGGGUUUAACCUGUUUAACAAAUACAUACGAUCUAUUCCUAAGAAAUGUUAUAGUGAAAAUAGUCGGUGGAGUGUUAAUAAAUCCAAUUGAUUUGUU